UCUACAUCACAACCUCUCUCUCUCUCUUCCCUUUUUCGUUUCUCUCUCAGCAAACCGAACAAGAAGCUCUCUCUGCUCAUCAGAACAGAGAGAGAGAGAGAGAGAGAGAGAGAGAGAGAGAAGCUCUCUCUUUGAGGUGGGACUGAAUCGUUGAGCCUAAGUGUUUCUGAUACACGUUUGGCGGAUUCAUCCAGGAGAAGAUCUUUUCGUAGCGUGUGAAAGAAGUGCCGAUUGCCACUUACCAAUGUCUUCAGCUGUGUCGGCUCCAUGGCACGACAGGGCAACGGGCUUCUUUUCUUCAUCAGGUGGGAGACUUAAAGAAGCGGGAAAGAAUGCCGGAGCAUUUGUUGGUGAGGUAGCAAAGGAUGCGAAAGGCAAUGUUACUGAAAUUGCAGGCAGGGUCGGAUCAGCAGUGAAAAGCCGAUGGGUACUGCUUCAGCAACCAUCGGUGAGACAUGCAGUCCAAGAGCGUCUCAUAGAAACGGCUGCCUCUACUGGCUCUUUUCUGAGAAAGGGUAUAUCUGGCACUAAGGAUAAAGUUGUAGUUGGCAAGACGAAAGUCGAAGAGGUGGCAAAAAAGACUGCACAGAGAAGUAAAUCCAUUAUUACAGAUAUGGAAAGACGGCAGAAGGGAUUUUCUAACUCGGAUGCGUUUGGUGUCCCAAUUGAGAUCAUGGUGCAACGGCAACAAUCCAGCAGGCCUGUUCCUAAUAUUUUGAUCAAAUGUGCUGAUUAUCUUAUAAGUACAGGGUUAAAUUCUCAGAGUUUGUUCAAAUCUGAAGGAGAUAAGGAGGUUAUUCAGCAAUUGGUUAUGAAAUACAAUGAAGACCCAGAUGCCUCACUUCCCAAUGAUACAAAUCCACUGGAUGUGGCUAUACUUGCCAAAUGCUACCUCGCAAGCCUUCCGGAGCCAUUAACAACCUUUGAUCUCUAUGAAGAGUUAAAAGGUGCUCGUUCUAGUGUACAAGCAACGAGAAGCAUAUUAGAGAGACUUCCCAGUGCAAAUUACAUGACACUAGAAUAUAUAACAGCACUGUUGCUCCGCAUCAGCCAGAACUCACAUCUUAACAAGAUGGAUGCUCGGAGCCUCGCAGUUGAGAUGGCCCCAGUUUUGAUGUGGCAGAAGGGGAGGAACCCUGAGUUUUAUAGGGAAUAUUGGAACAAGCUAUUGGGAAGCCCUCCUAAAAACGUAGACCCAGCUGCAGCAAUUAGUGCCUGGGACAUGCUUGCAGAGGAAGGUGAAACUGAUGACCCGGCAGCCACUGUUGAGGUUGUUCAGAACCUCGUAGAACAUCAUAAUGCUGUAUUUACAGAUGCAAAUGUGACAAGUUGGAGAUGAACGAAGUCGAAUGGGCAGGCUUUUGUUUAGAAAACGGAUCUCGAUCCAGUUGGAAUACACCUCUGUAGACGAAGCUAUAUGCACGAGUUGCUCAAUAAUGGAUACGGGCGUCUAUUACUGAGGGUUUCCUCAAUCACAUGGUUCUGGAAUAUGGACAUUUGUAUAUGGCUUGAGAUCGUCAAGGUUGUGUAUUUGCCUCCUCUCUUUUUAGAAUAA